UAUGGCGGAUCAUUCAGAAACUCUCGCUUCCUGUGGUAACAGUAAAGAUGGCGGUGGGCUUCGGAUCUUUUGCUUGCUGCUCUGGGCAAAGGUGGCGGCCACCCUGUCGUCUCCUUUACCAGCCGUUAAUAUGGCGCCUGGCCUCCACGCGCCCUCGCCCUGCUCCCGCGCUCUAAAACAUGAGCCGUUCCCUCCGAAUCCUCGGAUAAGAAUCCUUGAAUUUUGCCUUGGCUUUCGCAGACCGACUCUAAAAGCAAACUGACGGUGAUGAGCAAGUAUCAUUCCACCCCUGGCAUAUGUGCCCACACCAAAAAUGGCGCCUCUUGAAGCUCUAACCUCCACCCCAUGCCCGUAAGACGGAUGGCGAGGAUGUGACCGUUGUUACUCCUCCCUCCCCCUUUGCCCACAGAAAAGAUGGGGGCGGAGUGGGGGGUGGGGUGUCCUGUUAACUUCCACAGGGGCUGGAUUUGAGGGUGGAGGGGGGACCGACUGUCGCAAGAGGUCAACCCUCUCCCUCUCCCCCCCCCGGACCGUGGGCUGCUCCUGGGGUGGGAGCAGCUCUGCCCCCUGCUUGGGAAGAAGUGACUCCCCUUCGCUAAAAUGGCACCUAUAAGAAGUUAGGCACUGUUGGGUAAAUGGAGAACUGUGAUGAAGAAUGGCCAGAGGGCCAACGCCCCCUUGAGGCGUCAGGAGUUGGGGCUACCGCCAGAAAUGUGGAAGAGUGUGCAGUUCUGUACUCAGAUGCCGAGGAUGAUCCGUCGCUCCUGACAGACAACGGCGUGGGUGCCCGGGCCCCCUUCCACUGCUCGGAGUGUGACAAGAGCUUCCGAUACCGCUCGGACCUGCGCCGCCAUUUUGCCCGGCACACAGAGCUGAAGCCUUUUCAGUGUCCUCACUGCGUCAAGAGCUUCAAGCAUUCCUUUAACCUGGUGAACCACAUCCGCAGCCACACAGGGGAGCGCCCCUACCGCUGCACCAUGUGCCCAAAGGGCUUCCGGGACUCCACGGGACUCCUCCACCACCAGGUGGUGCACACAGGGGAGAAGCCUUACUGCUGCCAUGUCUGCGAGCUCCGCUUCUCCUCCCGCAGCAGCUUGGGCCGCCACCUGAAGCGGCAGCACCGCGCCUCCCCCGCCGCCACAGCCCCUCAGCCCCCCACCCCCCGCUGCCUGGCCUGUGGCAAAGAGCAGAGCCCUCUAGGGCACCUCUGCAGUGCUGGGCGAGGCCGGGCCGCCCCUUUCGGUUGCGGGGCUUGUGGCCGGCACUUCCAGUUGGCCUCCGAGUUACGUCGCCAUUGGUUAGCCCACACCGACAUCAAGCCUUUUAAGUGCCCGGACUGUGAGCGGGACUUUAACGCCGCGUCUCUCUUGGAGCGCCACAAGCUCACUCACGCCAAGGACAGGCCCCCGCCCUGCCAGGUCUGUGCUGGGAAGGUCCAGCCGAGUGACGGAGGGCUGGAGUUGCAGGGCCUGGAAGCGGAGCAGAAAGAGGGGGAGCAGGAGGGGCAGGCCCAGCUGCACAGCAGAGGAUGCCCAACCUGCCCACCCAACCUGGACACUCGCCCCGCCGAGACUCUGUACCAGUGUGAAUGUGGGACCUUUUUUGCCAACGGCAACACCCUCGCUGCCCACCUGACCGCCCACGGUGGCGAGCCUUCCUUCACUUGCGGCAUCUGCGGCCAGCCCUUUGUGAACUUGCAAUCCCUGGAGGAGCACCAGCUGAGCCACGCCGUCUCCACUUUGCCAACACCCGGCCCCGGCAGCGAGCUGGAACGCCACCUCUUGCCCCAGCUGGAUCUCCGAGCGUUCCCGGCUCGGCCCGGCAAGAAACUCUACAAAUGCAGCGAGUGCGAGAAGUACUUCCGCAGCCCCCGGGACCUGGACCGGCACGUCUUGGUGCACACUGGCGAGAAGCCCUACCAGUGCACCGAGUGCGGCAAAUUCUUCCGGCACGAGUGCUACCUGAAACGGCACCGGCUGCUGCACAGCGGCGAGCGGCCUUUCAAGUGCACCGUCUGCCAUAAAGGCUUCAUCACCUUGAGCAACCUCUCCCGCCAUCUCAAGCUGCACCGUGGGAUUGACUAGCGGGGGCGCCUCGCCCUCCUAGGGACAUCCCUCCUUCCCGGCACUGCUUUCCUCUACCUCCUCCCCACUGUGGCAGCCAGAGGCGACCGAGUCUGGAAGACGCACCUCUGCGUGAUGCGCAAGACCCCCUCUCGCCCCACCUUUCUACCUGGUCCGUUAUUGUAGGGCAGGGACUUGCAACCUUGAGAUGAACUGAUAAAGAAAUAUUGUGAUUAUUUACUAAUAUUUCACUGCGGUUAGUAGAGUAUGUUGCACAUGCUUGGCAGUUAUAAAGUUUUAGCGGGGUGGGGAGUGCCUGACUGGGUAUAUGAUUGGAUAAGUAAUUGAGCUUUGGGGAUUCAUUUCCAUAAGAUUCCCGAGAGAAUGAAGACAUGCUGGGAAAGUCGC